AUGUAUCGACACAGAAAGGUACCAAAGGGCACGGCGUACCCAAAAAAGAAGCUGAAGGUGUCUGUCGGCAACUGGGCAGAGGCAGAGUCGGUCUUGGCGGCAGAUGUAUCGACCCCACCUGGACCUCGUCAAAUCACGUCGUCCAAAACGCGUCCCCCCAAAGUCAACAACAUCCGCUUCCGCGUGACGGCCGCCUUUCGCCUUUCCACGAUGCCACGUGAGAUCAUCACGAUCCAGGCAGGCCAGUGCGGCAACAGCGUCGGCUCGCAGUUCUGGCGCCAGCUCUGCUUGGAGCACGGCAUCAACCAGGACGGCAACCUCGAGGACUUUGCGACAGAGGGAGGCGACCGCAAGGAUGUCUUCUUUUACCAGUCCGACGACACGCGCUACAUCCCCCGAGCCAUUCUCCUCGACUUGGAGCCGAGAGUGAUCAACGGCAUCCAGACCGGCCCAUACAAGAACAUCUACAACCCAGAGAACUUCUACGUGCACAAGGAAGGCACCGGAGCGGGAAACAAUUGGGCCGCAGGAUACGAUAUGGGCAGCCAGGUGCAAGAUGAGGUCCUGGACAUGAUCGACCGCGAGGCCGAUGGCAGUGACAGCCUGGAGGGUUUCAUGUUACUGCACUCCAUCGCUGGCGGAACGGGAUCUGGACUAGGCUCCUUCCUGCUAGAACAACUGAAUGAUCGCUUUCCGAAAAAGCUCAUUCAGACCUACUCAGUCUUCCCAGAUACACAGAAUGCGGGAGAUGUGGUUGUACAGCCGUACAACUCGCUGCUGGCCAUGCGGCGGCUGACGCAGAAUGCCGACGCUGUCGUAGUGCUGGACAACGGCGCGCUUUCUAGAAUAGCUGCCGAUACGCUACACGUGCAGGAGCCAUCUUUCGAGCAGACAAAUCAGCUGGUUAGUACCGUCAUGUCUGCAUCGACCGCGACUCUUCGAUAUCCUGGAUACAUGCACAACGACUUGGUCGGCAUCGUGGCCAGUCUGAUACCCACCCCAAGAUGUCACUUCUUGCAAACCAGCUACACGCCCUUUACGGGUAACAAUGUCGAGUCGGCGAGGACCGUCCGCAAGACCACAGUACUGGACGUGAUGCGGAGACUAUUACAACCCAAGAACCAAAUGGUAACGGCGAAGCCUAGCAAGAACAGCUGCUAUAUCUCCAUAUUGAACAUAAUCAUGGGUGACGCUGACCCCACAGAUGUGCAUAAAUCAUUGCUUCGCAUCCGAGAAAGAAACCUUGCAUCCUUCAUCCCGUGGGGCCCCGCCAGCAUACAGGUCGCACUAUCUCGCACAUCUCCUUACACACAACCUCCGUACACAACGCGCACGCCGCCUCGGGUGUCAGGUCUGAUGUUGGCCAACCACACUGGCAUAGCCACAUUGUUCAAGCGAAUAGUAUUCCAGUACGAUCGGCUACGCAAGCGUAAUGCUUUCGUGGACACGUACAAAAAGCAUGGCACCUUUCGGGACGGCCUAGGUGAAUUCGAUACGUCUAGGGAGGUGGUCAUGGAUCUGAUCAACGAGUACGAGGAAGCCGAACGCGCAGACUAUCUGACUGGGGCUCAGCAGGAAGAUCCUGUCGAUGGCGGCGCUGAUGCAAGGACAGAUGGUGUGACGGGUCGCUGA